ACUAGUCGGAGAAAAACACUAUUACAGAUCACAGCCACCAACUGCUCCCUAGUCCUAGCGUUGAGGAAAUUAUCUAAAUAUAUAUAUUACUAUAUUAUACUGUCAGAGAGAACAGUGUCGGGAUACAGAGACUGCAGCAGAUCACCUCUCUGUCAGACCUCAUGGUUCCAUUAAUACUCCUGUUGAUCCUUCUGACUGAAGCAGCUUCGUACCUACCUGUGGUACCAGUGCGCCCUGAAGGUGAUGUCAUUCUGUCAUGUCAGGCUGCUGAUCCCUUCAUCAGAGCUAUAGAGUGGACCAGAGCUGACCUAAAGACAGAUAACGUCCUCUUAUACACAGAUGGACACUUGAAUACAACCCACCAGCAUCCAUCCUAUAAGGGCAGGGUGGAGCUGGUGGACAGAGAUCUGAAGGAUGGAAACAUGUCUUUAAUUCUGAAGAAUGUGAACAUUAACGACAGUGGAACAUACAAGUGUCAAGUUAAAACCAAUGAUACUGACCGAAUCAAAACCAUCAGCACCAUCCGUCUGCAGGUUCCAGACCAGAUUGUAGUUACAGUGGAUCCUGGAGAUGAUGCCAUUCUGCCAUGUCACGCUGCUGAUUCCUCCAUCAUAUUUGUAGAGUGGAGCAGACCUGGCCUGAAGCCAGAUGACAUCCUCUAUUACAGAAAUGAAUACUUGAAUACAACCUACCAGCAUCCAGACUAUAAGGACAGGGUGGAGCUGGUGGACAGAGAUCUGAAGGACAGAGACGCGUCUUUAAUUCUGAAGAAUGUGUGCAGACAUGACACUGAAACAUACGAGUGUCGAGUUAAAACCAGUCGUUCAGGACGUCCAAAGGGAGACACUGACUAUUACCAAAUCAGAACCAUCUGUCUGCAGGUUACAGACCUGACUGUAACAGUGCGCCCUGGAGAUGAUGUCAUUCUGCCAUGUCACGCUGCUGAUUCCUCCAUCAGAGCUGUAAAGUGGACCAGACCUGACCUGGAGCCAAAUAUCGUCCUAUUAUACAGCGAUGGACACCUGGAGAAAGACGACCAGAAUCCAUCCUUUAAGGACAGGGUGGAGCUGGUGGACAGAGAUCUGAAGGACAGAGACGCGUCAUUAAUUCUGAAGAAUGUGAGCAGACACGACACUGGAAUAUACGAGUGUCGCGUUAAAACCGAUGGUUCAACACGUAAAAAGAGAGGCAUUGAGCCAGUCAGAAUCAUCCGUCUGCAGGUUACAGAGCCAGCAGGUUCCAAGAAAGGAAACUAUCUCAUAUACGUUGUGGCAGCAGGUGUUGGUCUGAUUUUUCUAACUGUUGCAGUAGUUGGUGUGAUAUAUAAAAUAUGUAAUAACAGGAGAUCAGGACAACCUGCUGCUGCUGCAGCUUCGACCGAUCAGCUCCUCGACAACUCAGAGCUCUUUACAGCUGACUAGUUUCUCAUGUCCUGUAUGUAUAAAUUGAUUUUCAUUACUUCUGUGGGUGUGAGGUCAUAUACAGAUCUGCUAUGUGGUUUGCCCCCU